GUAGUAGUCGUGAGUGAAGUCACUGGCGGCCAUCUUACAUUGCCACUUUCUUCAGGGACCAUAAGUAUGAGUUGUUCACAACGUUUUCCGUUAUUUUCUGACACAAGUAAAUCUGGGAGGAGCUCUAUUUGUUUGUUCACUUGACCCGAGUGACAUGUUUUAAUAAUUCGUGACUGAGUGUUCAAAUCUUUAUUGGAUUAUCCUCUUUUUGUGCUCGUCCGCGAGAGCCGUCGCCAUAGAGACCCGAGUGUGCGGGAUUAGCGAUACUUGUCAACGGAAACUAAUAAGGGAGCGAUUUAUCGCACCUUUUGAACCUGCAACAGCGUAUUCUGAUGACAUUGUGGUCAAUGUCAUUGAUUGAAAUAAGGCACAAAGGAAGGGGAAGCAGCAGGGACAAAUUGCCAUGGCAUUGCAUAAUUGAUCAAGAAAGUGAGCGAUUGGCUCCCACCAGGGUCUGUGGAGGCAAGUGGAAUAACAUCCAAUCAUGACACUGAGUCUAUUUGAGUGCCUCAAGGUGGUGGGCCUGGACCGUCUUCACGACCGCUUCACCUCCAUGGGGAUCCGCCAAGCAGGCCAUCUCGUAGCUCUCACUUCGGAAGACCUAUCUUACCUUGAGAUCCACACGGCCGAAGAGAAAAGCCGCCUCCACAAGCUGGUCCACCUGGUCCAAACGCUGGAGCAGGGCGGGCUGAGACUUGGUGAAGCGGCAGCUGGCCAGGGUGCAUCCUCCAACCAUUCUGCACAGAUCAACAGCCACAGGGCGCCGGUGAGAAGCGGCAGGCCAGACAUCCCUAAACGAUUAGGCAUGUGCAAUACGUCCUCCGCACUACCACCCCAGAAGAAUGUCCCGCCCCACUCACAACACCAACAGCAAUCGAGACCCAGAGCUGCAGCCAAGAGAUGCACCGAUAAAGAAAGCAAUCCAAUGCCUGUUUAUGAAGCCAAGAGAAAACCGGGGUACAACUACGGGCUUCCUCUUCAGCCCGUUUCUGUGAAAAAGCAAACCCACGGGCCGAGGAUCAUCGUCUGCGUGAGGAAACGACCCUUGACGCACGGUGAGAGAAAAAAGGGCGAAGCCGAUGUGGUGAUAACACCCAGCACAGAAUGCGUGGUUGUGGAAGAAGGCAAAGAAGCUUUGGAUCUGACCCAGUACAUUCUACAACACCCGUUCUACUUUGACCAAGUUUUUGGAGAGAGUCAUUCCAAUGAGGAAGUGUAUAAGAAAACGGCAUACCCUCUGGUGCAGCACAUGCUCGAUGGGGGGAAAGCCACUUGCUUUGCAUUUGGCCAGACGGGCGCAGGCAAGACACACACCAUGAUGGGUUCUUCUCCCGGGGAAGCCGGCAUAUAUGUACUGGCAAUUCAGGACAUCUUUGCCCACUUGUCGGCAAUGCGCAGCCCAAUGCUGGUGUACGUCAGCUUCUGUGAGAUCUACUGUCGUCAGCUCUAUGACCUGCUCAACAAAAGGAAAAGGUUGUACGUGAGGGAGGACAGUCACAGCGUGGUGCACAUUGCAGGACUUUGUGACGUCAGAGUGGACUCUGUCAACUCGCUGCUGAAGGUGAUCUCGCAGGGUUUAGCGGCUCGCACAAAGAGGGUCAGUAGCGUCAAUCCGCUCUCAUCUCGGUCCCACGCCUUGCUUAAGAUCCAGCUCAGAUCCCCCAACCAGCAGAUCGUUGGCAGAAUGUGGUUCAUCGACUUGGCGGGAAGUGAGCGGGCGUCGGACACCACAACAAAAGACUGGCAGACUCGUAUGGAGGGAGCUGAGAUCAACCAGAGUCUGUUGGCUCUUAAAGAAUGUAUUCGCUCCCUUGAUCAAGAGCAGCGGCACACACCUUUCAGACAAAGCAAACUCACUCAGGUCCUGAAAGAUUCUUUUGUUGGCAACUCCAUGACUUGCAUGAUUGCCAACAUUUCACCCUCUAUCGUUGCCACAGAGCACACUCUGAACACACUAAGAUAUGCUGACCGUGUGAAGGAGUUGAGAGGUCGCGGCGGAGAACCUGAAUCCAAAACCACAUCAUCUUCAAAAUGUAGCGUUGGAAAGACACCGACACCCAGAGCAACUUUUGCCUCCGUGUCACCCACCCCAAGGAAUAUCGUGGGGUGUCCUGUCGACUGUUCCACACCUAGGAACAGCAGACAUGGGGAGGAAAGAGCGGCAAGAGCCAAACAUGGGGUCAGGCCCGAAGAAGCGAGAAACUGCCAGGAAAAAGGUGACGGCAGCCUCGAUUGUAACAAAGAAAACUGGAGCACCAACAUUUCUUGUAAGAGGAGUGAGAGACGCCAAAAUGGGAAGGAGUCAACCAAAGAAAGAGACGUCGAGACGAUGGAUGAAGAGUUGCAGCAGCAGCACCUGCGACAUUAUCACCAGCAGCUGCAGAUGUGUAUGCCCCUCUCUGUCUCGCCGCCUUCCACCAGCCGCCAAUCACUCUGCUCCUCCACAUCCUCCAAUGGACAUCUCGCCCUUUCUGCCUGUCGUCCCGGUUCGAACGACACUCCGACCGUGUACGACAGUGGGGUCGGAAGUUGUGAGUCAUUUGGAAAAGAUACGCCACAAAAGGGGGAGAUGAGGUGGUCGGCUAACCCCGCGGCUGUUGUGUCCUUCAACACCAGAGAAAACGGAGAGGACUUGCUGGAAAUGGACCCCUCGCUCGACGGGCUGUGGACGGGCUGUUUAAUGUCAGUCAGCAAGACCCUCAGCAGCCCUCCUGCUGUUGAACCGCCGCAUCGGGAAGCGCAAUCUGGCCAUCCCAUCUCCUCAGCCUGUGAACUUAAGAAUGGAGUCGGAACCUUCCAGGAAAAGAAAAAGCAACCUCAACAGUUAAAAAAUACUCAGUUACAGAAAUAUCCGGAGGAUGAAACAAAAACGUCUCAGGAUAAUAAUGCCUCAAGCUUCUCCCAACGUGAGGCCUCCUUCACACCCUUACUGUUUCAAGUAGAUCAGAGCAAUAGCCAUGUCUGUCCACUUGGGAGAGAAAAGGAGCCACUCACACAUGCAAAAAAUAAAGACAGACAAUUCAACUUGCGGUCAUCCACUUUUGACACCAAAUUGGCAAAAAAACACAAGGAGCUCAUCCAUGCAAAGGAUGAGGAUGCCGAUAUAUGCCACCCAAAGUCGCCUACUUGUGUCAGGAAGUUGGCCAAAAAGAACACAAAGGAGCAUGCCACACAUGCAAAAAAUAAAGAUGACAAAAUUUACAUCAGACCACCUACUUGUGACACCAAACUGAUUAGUAAAUGCAAACGGGACCAUCUCACACACACGAAGGAUGACGUAAAGAUCUGCCUCCCAGUGGAUCACCGCUCUCCCACUUCUGACAAUAAGUUCACAACAAAGGACCAUUUUACACAUGCAAAGAAUAAACACCAAGAAUUCUACUUCCGACCUCCCACCUCUGACGCCAAGUCGUCCCAUGAGUACAUAAUGAAGGAGCAUUUCAUGCAUGCCAAAGAUGAAGAUGCGGACGUCUGUGUCCCAAAAGACAUUUGUUUUUCAUUUUUGAACACUAAAUUGGCCAAUAACUACAAUUUAGAGCAUUUCACACAUGCAAAAGGUGAGGACUGCCUCUUGUCUCCCACUUCUGACGCAGCAAAGCUGACACGUGGGACCCCCUCAUGUGCACCAAAGAAAGCCGUCUCACCCUCAAAGAAUAUGUGUGGAACCUACACCAUGCCAUAUCUUCGGACCACCGCACCAGAACCAGGACUCCUCUGGAAAUCUCUUCAAGUCCAAAUGGAUGAUCCUACAGAGUUGCGCUGCAAAGAACGACCCUGCGACUCGGACUUUUCUGGAACAGUGGAUCAUGCCAAAUGGCGUCUCAUCCAGGCCCACUGGGAGAAACUAAGGAAAAUGGAGCCUUUACUGCAGGAAGAGCAGACACUUCUUUCCAAGCAACCUCAUAUGGCAUUUGUGGACUAUGUGGACAGGCUGGAGGAGAUUCUGGAUCGCAAUGCUCAGUGUCUGCGUAGCAUGAGGACCAAGCUUCGCUUGUAUCGUAUGACCAGCUCUUUUUCUGAGCUCGAAUACACGCAAGCAGCACCCAUUAGUUAAGCAGUGGCUUGAAUAAAGCACGGUCAGAAGCGAGUGUUUACAUUUUUCACUCAGUCAUUAGACGGAUGGCUUAAUUUCAAUUUAAGAUGUUAACAUCACUUGUCAGAUGGAAAACCUCUUCCACAUUUGUUUAAUGACUAAAAUUCAUUGUUGUUUGAUUUUAUGACUAGUUUUUAAUUAAAUUAAUAAAUCUUCAUAUUAUAUGCAUGUGAGUUUUUGUGACCUUAAACUGUAAAAAGUAACCAGUAUAUUCACAAUUGAAUAAUUUCAAUGUAUUUUUGCCGCAUGAGGGAAAAGUAGUAAUAUGUAAGUAAAUAAGUACACUAAUAAUAAAAAUGUUAUCACGGAAGGCAGCACGGUGGAGCUAUGGUUUGCACAUCCGCCUCACAGUUCAGAGGUGGAGGGUUUGAUUCUGGUUCUGG